GAGAGAGAGAAUCCAAUGGCAACGCAAGCACUAUCUACUCCAACUGCAACUGCAAGAGGAAGCAGCAGCUCCUGCCGCCAUCAUGACGUCAACCGCAGCCGCUUUCUCUCUCUGCGCCACCAUACCACUGCCUCAUCCUCAUCAAGGCCCAUCACCAGCUUCCUCAUCCACCUGGAUCCCAUUGGACGCAGAGCCCACCAACUCUCGAAGUCCAAGCCCAAACUGACCAUCCAGAGAGCCGCCGACUCUUCCACUCAGCCUUCCACCGUCACCUCCUCCUCUGCCGCCGGCAAAGCCAUCGUUCCCGACGACCAGUUCUCCCUUGCCAAGGUUUCGUUUGGGGUUAUUGGUCUGGGUUUUGGGGUUUCACUCCUGUCGUAUGGUUUCGGAGCGUAUUUUAAUAUCCUUCCUGGGUCCGAAUGGUCGGCAUUGAUGCUCACAUACGGCUUCCCUCUUGCAAUCAUUGGUAUGGCUUUCAAGUAUGCAGAACUAAAGCCAGUGCCAUGCUUGACUUAUUUGGAUGCGCUACAAUUAAGGGAAACAAGUGCCACCCCAAUCCUUACACAGGUGAGGAAUGAUGUUACGAGGUAUCGUUAUGGAGAUGAGCAGCAUUUGGAUGAGGCGUUGAAACGAAUCUUCCAGUAUGGUCAGGGUGGAGGAAUUGCUCGGAGGAGUGCACCUACUCUCCAAAGUGUUCGUGAAGAGGUCACCGGAGAUGGUAGAUACUCUCUAGUCCUGGUGUUUGAGGCAAAAGCUCUGCAGUUGUCAGAUUUUGAACAAAGACAGGCUAAGUUUACUUCAUUCUUCGGACCAGGAAUCACAGCUGAAGUUGGGAAGGGAGAGAAUGAUCUAUACGAAGUCCGACUUAUUUCCAACUCCAACGCUAACCCUUCUGCAUCACCGUUGUAAAAAAAAAAAAAAAAAAGAUGUAUUAUAGUUUGAUCGAAUGCUACUCUGUAGUAGUGUAGUUUCAUAUUACGCGGCUUUUUGUCACUUGUAAUUUGUAAAACUUUUGUUUAGAUUCAGUUGGCAAAAGCUUUAUUGUAUCAUACACGGAUUUUUGAAGAGAGAAUCGGAAAUAUAAGCAAAAUUGAAGUUGUCAUUACUCAUCUCGGUAGCUUCAAAUUCAAUUUUGCUUAGUCCAUUCCUUGAA